AUAAAACCUGUGACACGCACCCCGCUACAAGCUUCUUGUAUUUUCGCCCUGAUUUUCUUUCACGUUACUCACAACUCCGAAAUAACUUUUCGAGUUUCCUUCGCAUGCAUAAUGGAGAGACCGAGAUACAGUGAGUUAUGUCGCGGCAUAAGAUCGCAAUUCACAAUCGGUUUUGAAAAGGCCGAAACAAAAGACAAGUUCGCCACAAGGGGUCUGGUUAGAGACGUCCUGUCACGGCCUAUGCUGAACAGUUUUUACCAGAGCCUCUGGGACGAUGGCAAUGUUUCGCGGACGGGCCCAAACCCAGUUGAUGCGGAAGCUUUUGUUCGAAACAUGGAGAAGAAAAUGCUUCAUGACUUUUUGGCUGUUUUAAUAUACGCAAAGUGCUCAAUCGACGCCGCAAAUACCUUCGCAAAAGAGCUUGUUUUUGGAGAUAGGGCACAAGUGCAGCAAAGAUAUGGCGAAACUCCAUAUCUGCUCCCAGCGAACGAGGAGUAUCUUAGUAGUCUGUUCGACAGUUUUGACGCCCAAGAUUUCUUCGCUGAGCAACGCCCUUUCUGUACCAUCGUACUUGGUGGAGCAGGAGUCGUCACGAUUGAUCAAGAUGAUAAGCGAUCUCUGCCAUGGCUGAACGAGAAACAUAUCGGUUCCGGUGCUUUUGGAAGCGUCUAUGAGGUCAAGAUACCCAAGGGCCAUUUGACCAUGCGUCGAGAUUUCAGUGAAACCAACUCAACGUCCAAGCUAGUUGCUCGCAAAGACUACAAACCCGCCAAAGACAUGGAGCAGAGCUUUGAGAAAGAGGUGAGAUCUAUCCGAGAGAUCUUCAACGGCAACUCCAAGCACAAUAACAUUCUCGAGAGUUUUGGCACUCUUGUCAUCAAAGGUCCGGAGCCAAAGUUCAGUCUUCUCAUGCCACUAGCAGACAUGGACCUGCAGAAGUACAUGGAAGACAAUCCACAGAUCCCUAUUGAUGACAGAUGGGCCCGAGAGCGUAUAGUCAGCGCCGCUAUAGGCCUGGCAGAUGGACUCGAGUUUCUUCACAGCAAGAUGACUACAGUUGGAGGUGAUCGACUAGUUUGUUAUCACAUGGAUCUCAAGCCCAGCAAUAUUCUAGUGUUUCUCCAUGAACCACAAACGGAGGGCACUGGCACAGAGGACAGAGAUUACGGCAUGGUUUGGAAGCUCAGCGACUUCGGCUUAUCAAGAGUGAAGACCAAAACGAAUCCCGAAAAGAAUUUGGACAGCCUCUUUGAGAAGAAAUUUAUCGAACAGUCCAGCCAACCAUCCGCGACUCAAAACCAUCGAGGGAACGGCACAUACCUACCAAAUGAAGCUCAAGAUAAUGGAAAGACGAUGGAUCAAAAGAGCGACAUCUGGUCCUUGGGUUGCAUUAUCAGCGUCCUAUUUACGUACAUGGAAGAAGGGAAUUCGGCGCUGAAACGUUACAGCAACUCCCGACUCAAGUACAACAAGAAGUUCGAUGUGUUUUAUCAGGAAAACAGGUCCAGCCGGGGUAUCUGUCUCAACGACGCGGUAAAAAGCCAACACAGCAAAUUAAUUGAAGCCGCAAAAAAGCGCAACGCGACUGAAGGCGAAGCUGUUUCAUCUAUACUCAGGUACCUGGAGAGUAGUGUUCUGGUGACUGACCAAGGCGACAGAUGCAACGCAGAAUCAAUAGUUCAAUGCCUAGGAAGGACACUGAAGAGAUAUCAAACUGCAGAAACAUCAGUCAGGCCUGCUUCACCCUCAGAAAAGCCGUAUCCCUUACACAAGAAACUCAAAGAUGCCCUUGUCCAUGGUCUUCGCAGGGAGCGUUCUACCAUGCCAGUAGAUAUCCACCGCUGGCGACUAGACAUAAACAAGUCCAUUCGUUUCAAAGACUGCCGGAGCUCUCCGAAUGGUAAACUGAUAGCUUACUGGAGCGACAAGGUUAUCAUGGUAUUCGACAGGGCAACUACGAUAUCAAGGACAAAUUCUAGUAGUACAUCUGACAACGGAACACGAACCCUCUCUAUGGAAAGCGCACGAGAUCGGACUCUCAGGAAUGUCGGACAACAUCAACUAGCUGGGGUAAGCUGCUCCUGGAAAUCCCUAGGGAUGACAAAUUCAUAUUUGGUCGCUGCGACGACUGAGACUAAAUCGUUAAAUUGCUAUUUAUUUGACAUUGAGUCUGAUCAAACGCUCCAAUCGUACAGCAAAGUUACUUUGCCACAUCCUGGACUCCACAGUUUGGCAGUAUCGCCAAACCAAAACUCAAUGGCCUGUAUCCUGAGUAAUAAUGAUCAAACAUCUUUAUUAACGGCAGUAAUCGAGACGAGUCUUUCUGAACCAACUACCCCUUCAGCUAGUCUGUUUUCGGAAACCUCAUCACGCCAAGACUAUCAGGAUGCAGGAAUCCGUCUUGUCCAACGGAAGCUUAUUGACCUGGACUGGCCUACAUCCACAAUCGAGCAUUUAGCUCUCAGAACAGGAGAUGAAGGCUAUAUAAUCGUUCGCAGCUCGUCGACCCUAUCUCUGUAUCUAUUCACUGUUCGCCCCCCGAGGCUGGUAAAGCAAGACUUAAAGCUUGGAUCACCUAGUAGCACUGCCGACAGGCUAUUUACAGACAUGGUUUUCUUCCAAAGUGAAGCAGACGAAGCUCAAUCCGAAAUCAUUGUGGUUGCACAGGCUCACCGGAUUUUUCAUUCAAAGUUCAGAGGCGCCAACGAAAGGCCCUCGAGUGUUGCUUAUCUCCCUAUUGAACACUAUCGUAUACUCAAGAUUGCCACAAAUGGACAGGUAGUCGUGGCUCUAGGAGCACACUCGGGGAGUAGUCACCUCUUUCUGCUGGAGGUGAAACUCUCGAGUCCCAGGGUUCGUCCUCAACUUCGGAGGAUCGCAGAGCUUAAUGAGGUAUCGACAUCCUGUCAGUUUAAGCUGAGUGUAAUUGGCGACUGGAGUGAGCCUAUUGCCUUGAUUACGACCGCGACACCUGAGGGGCAUUAUCGUGUGUAUCACAAGAAUCUGAUUAGCUUAGUUAAUAAUAAUAACUGAGAUGUGUGGUUGAUGCCAU